AUGAGGUUCUCUCCUCCAGAUGGACACGGAGGCCAGGACCAGCUCAACGACCUGCAGGUUCGGCUCAACAACGUUCUGGACGACCUCAGCAGCACGUUUGGGAACAGCUUCCAGAGCCGCAUCACCGACUGCAUGCGGCAGAUGGCGUCGCUGCUGUACCAGAUCAAAGGACCGCUCAACGAAAACACCAAGAACCAGGUGGAGGGCGACUCGGACAACAUGCUGCGGCCGCUCAUGGACUUCCUGGAUGCGCAAUUAACGCUGUUCGCCACGGUGUGUGAGAAAACCGUCCUGAAGCGCGUUCUGAAGGAGCUGUGGAGGAUCGUGAUGACCAGCCUGGAGAAGAACAUCGUCCUGCCGCAAGGGAACGACACCUUGGGAGCACAGAUCCUUUCUGCUGCUAAAGAACUGGGACACCUUUCCAAACUGAAGGAUCACAUGGCAGGAGACGCUAAAAGCCUGACGCCCAGGCAGUGUGCCGUCAUGGAUGUGGCUCUGGAUACCAUCAAGCAAUACUUUCAUGCGGGCGGGAACGGCUUGAAGAAGACUUUCCUGGAGAAGAGCGCUGAGCUUUCGUCGCUCCGCCACGCUCUGUCGCUCUACACCCAGACCACCGACACGCUCAUCAAAACCUUCGUGACCACGCAGCAUUCACAGGGUAGAUCCAAAGCGCCUCAAAGGAGAUUAAAUACGGGAGAGUUUCAGAUUCCUCGCUGCUUUUAUCUCCUGGAUUUGGUUGUUUAA